ACCAUACUUACCAAACAAGACCUUCCAAGAAGCGCCAACGACGAACGUACCUCCAAGACCAAGACGCACCACGGACGCCGCGAACCACACCAUGAUAACGACGACGUGAUCAGGAAGGAGGAUAUCAUGUCACAUGAAAGAUAUGCGCUGACGACAACCACGUGUUGCGGAUACAGUCAGACGGCAUCAAAAGACUUUGACGAACCCGCGAUCCUCGCUAAUCAUCGCGAUUGGUCGCGUAACGGUGACGGUACCUCUACAAAGAAAAAGAGACGUG